AUGGUGCAUCCAAAAUCGUUGUUCAAUCACAGUUCAUUCUUCUAUACAAAAACUUUCGAAGAUUUACCAGAGUGCGCAUCGAAUUCCGAUUGUGGUCCGAUGCAAUUCUGCGACUAUCUCAUGAACAAAAACUUCAAGAUAUCUAAUCGCACCGGUUGUUUCAAUAUCACGAAAAGUGCAUACUCGGCAACGAAUCUUCUCAGCGAGAUUGGAGUCAAAACCUGUAAAACCGACGCCGACUGUGAAAAUUUUGACUGCUUGGACGCUACCGACGAGGUGGACGGAUUCUGCGGAAUUCUCCAGUUUUGCCAGUUCAAUGAUGAUGUUGUUCCCGCCAUGAAUUCAUCGAUCUCGUGCACUGAGGACAUGGAUUGUGUUCAUCUAAUGAAGGGAAUGGUUGGAGAAGGAGGCUUCAUCCCAAACGCAUACUGCAACACCACGGGCGACUUUUGUUGCUCGGGUUUGCUGGAUGUCUGUUAUGGGGGUAGCCUCCUUCGACCAUUCCGUCGAUGUGAAGCCUGGACGAUGGCGGGUUUCAAGACCUGCAAUCCAGAGAUGGGCAACGGUGAGCUUCUCGGAUUUUGCACCGACAUCGGACUUUGUUGCGAAGGGCCUUAUGAGGAUCCAGUUGUGUGCCCAGACGGGGUGCACCCGCUAUUCAUCAAGCCGUCGUGUCACCGAGGCGAGACUGGAUAUUUCGAAUGCCCGGAAAACAUCGAGAACUGCACCUGUGUGCUGGGGUGGCCGUGUCCUUCAAUUGCGGCCAACCCAUUGUUGGUCAACUUUGGCCGCCCGUUUGUAGGCCAGAUUGAGUGCGAUCCAUCGCGCCCGAUCUGCAAACGGGCGGUCAACGGGUACUGCCACCCCGUGACCCACACGAUUGCGCUAUAUGGAAGGUUCUUCCCUGAUUUUUUCGGGUUUGCAGAUACCAGAAAGUGCCAAAUCAAUAGCGAAUGUGAGGAAGAGGAAGUAUGUGUAUUCUAUCAAGGCGAAGGUCAAUGCGCUGCCUUCCCCAAUCCACAUUUCCUCGAAAAUGAGAAUGAUGAAGACGACGGUUGGGCCGAAUGGGCGGUGGAUUUGUACCGACAAACUGCGUACGGGAUAGCAAUCGUCUGGGUAUGCUUCCGGAUAUAUCGAUUCUUCGAAGUGCGGUAUUUUCCCAAUGCCUACGACCAAAGAAUGGCGCUGGAGGAGGCUUACGAGGCAAUGAUGAUGAGGCGAAUGGAAGAACGCCACGAAGAGAUCCUGGAGAAUUGGCGCCGGGAGAAGUACGGAACCCGUCACACCAAGCAAACCUGUGAAUGCGUUACAUCGACUGAAACGCCAUCUUCCCUGUAUUCGUCGGAACCAAGUGAAGCUGAGAAGAGAAAGAAGUGGACGAAGACCUUCCGAAGAGGAAGAGGAAGACGGGUGAUGAAGCAAAAGAAAAGAAUGCACCAAAGAAGAAGAAACAAGAAGCGUGCAAGAAUGGAGAAAACAAAUGAAGAGCAUAUGAAGCGAAGCACACGAGUCUUCUUGAAGGCUUUUGUAUACGGUGCCCCGUUAUUCCUCAUUAUCGUUUUUGGAUUUUUCUUCAUUCCCGAUGUCGUUUCCAAUGCAAUCACUGCCGAAAUAGACGAAUUGAUGAAGGAACUCAAAGAUAUUGGUCGAGAUGCAAUUUCGAGCGCUUCAAACGAUAAAGACGAGUUCCUCAAAGUGGUGGCCAAUGGGAAAGUAACCAUCGCGGAUUACGUCUCACGCGAAGAAGCCAUGGUCAUUAUUCCAACACUUGUGAUGACAGCCCUGUUUUUACUCGGUAUCGUUUAUUAUUUGACCCGUCCUUUCACUUAA